UGAAAAAUUAAAAUUGUCAGAUAUUUUUUCAUUGUUUAUCGAGUUCAAUGGGCUACACUAUAUAAUAAUAUAUAAUGCCUGUCAAUAAAGUCGCAUUCUAUCACACAAAGAGACUUUUCUAUAUACAUGUACUCGAAGACGAUAGAUUUGGAAUUUGUUUAAUCCCAUAUGAUGACUAGGGAUACGGCCAUACAAGUGAGGAAUUUGUCGGAUAAAAAACACCCUGCCACCUGGCAUCCGAAUUCCCAAAGCGGUUUGACUGUGCAGUUCUAUGAGCGUGAUGUGGAGGCGGAAGCAAAGAUAUUCAAGUUGAUGUUUCAUACAAAAGCAACAAGUUAUGAUAGUACAAAAAACACAGUCUACAAUCGGUCAAGAGCGCUCACAGAUGCUGAGAUUAUAUUUGGAGAUUGUAAUUGCGAAUACUUAUUUUGCAAUCGGGAAUGCAGAUAUGGUUGGGGUAAGUCAAGAAUUGAUUGGCUAUGGGAACUGGAGAGGCGUCAACAGCAGCUGCAACGGUUUCAGCUGAUACAGAAUUGCUCCAGACCACUCCCCAAAAGAUGCAAGCCCCCAACAGAUGAUCUAACUAAUCUAGCUAAAAAAUCGAAAAAAGCGACUCCAAAAAAAAGAAGCUACUGGAGAUGGUUCCGGCUUAGCUGUAUUUGUACAUCCGAUACAGAAAGCUGUGAUUUUCCCUAUUGUAAAAGCACUUAUGUAUGAAUGGUUUUGAUUAGACAUUCUACAAUUUUCCACUAAAUUAGA